AUGAAUUCUAUUCAAUAAAAUAAAAGAGUUUGCAUUGCACCAUUUUAUAGGACUGAAUAUUAAGUUUAUAAGUGGGCUUAAAUAUAUCACAGGUUUUUAAAGGUUAAAAUUCAAGUGUAAAUUAACCAAAACCAAAUCAUUUAUUCAUACUCAGGCGAAGCUUUGAAAAGGUAAGAAAUAGCUUAAAUUAUCUAAGCCUAUUACUUGAUGACUAAUCCGAUGAUAAUAAUUAACUAUUUUAUAAUUUGGAAUAAAUUAGAAAUUUGGAUUGGAAAGGCCUAUUUGGAAGAAACAAUUAAAAAACUGGAUUUUGGAAUGCAUAUUGGAAUUAAUAAAAGCUUGAGCUUGUUGGGGGGUACUUAUGGAAUGGGAGUAAAAUUGGAAACUGGAUAGAUUUAUUUAAGAAUUAUUUUUGGUAAAUUCUUGGAUAAAAUAAAAAUAGUCAAUCCUAAGUAUUUGAGAUAGGUGAAUAUCAGGAAAAUAAGAAAAAAGGAAGAUGGAAAUAUACUUUUGAAAAUAUUGAGAUGUACAUUACUUUUAAAUAUUUAGUGGUGGAGGAAGUUAUUAUAGUGAAGGAGAAAUGAAUAAUAUUAAAAUAGGAAAAUGGAUUGAUUUAGAUGAUGAAUUUAGAAGUAACAAAUAAGUGACCUAUAAUGGCGAAUAUAAAUUUGGUAAAAAAGUUGGUAGAUGGGAUAUUUAUUUUAGAAAUAAAUAGAAUAAUGCAUUUCAACUAAUGUAAAAUAUAUUAAAUAGUGAAUCAUUAUAAAUGAAUUAGUGGUGGAGGAUUUUAUGAUGAAAGAGGGGAUGGUUUUAAGAAUGGACGAUGGAUUGACUUGGAUGAGGAAUUUAAUUGUAAUAAAUAAGUCAUUUUCAUUGGUGUAUAUAAUAAUGGAAAAAAAAUUGGAAAAUGGGAUAUUUGGUUUAGAUAAGAAAUCAGUCAAUCAUUUACAUCAAUGUAAUUAUAUUUUCUAAAAUGCGAAAUUAUAAAUGUAUUAGUGGUGGAGGAUUAUAUGAAGGGAAUGAUGGUGUGAAAAUUGGAAAGUGGAUUGAUUUAGAUGAGGGAUUUUAUUAUGAAAAAUAAGUUACUUAUAAUGGUGAAUAUAAAAAUGGUAAAAAAGUUGGUAGAUGGGAUAUAUUUUUUAAAAAAAUAUAGAAAGUUAAUUUUUACAAAAUGUAAAAUAUUUUUAUAAAGUAUGAAACCAAAAUGUCUUAGUGGAGGUGGUACUUAUGACUUAGGUAUUAAAAGAGGGUAGUGGAUUGAUUUGGAUGAAUGGUUUUAUAUUAAAAAAUAUGUAACUUGGAAAGGUAAAUAUGAAAAUGGUAGAAAAUGUGGUGAAUGGGAUAUUCGUUAUUUAGACAAUUCUCCUAUAACAAUUAUGUAAAAUAUGUUAUAUAGAGUAUGAAACUAAAAUGUCUUAGUGGAGGUGGUACUUAUGGCUUAGGUAUUAAAAGAGGGUAGUGGAAUGAUUUGGAAGAAUAAUUUAAUGACAAAAAAUAGGCAAUUCAUAAAGGAGAAUAUUAAAAUGGUAAGAAAGUUGGUAGAUGGGAUAUUCUUUAUAGAAAUAAUUAGACAGGGGAAUUUACAACAAUGUAAAAUAUUUUAUAUAAAGUAUGCAAUUAAAAUGUCUUAGUGGAGGUGGUAAUUAUGAUGAAGGAGGUAUCAAAGUUGGAGAAUGGACUAAUUUAGAUGAGAAAUUUGAUAUUAAAAAAUAACUAAUUAUUGUAGGUAAAUAUAAAAAUGGUAAAAAAAUUGGUUAAUGGGAUUAAUUUUAAUAUCAUGAAUAAUAAGAAUAUUUUUGGCAGUAAUAUAUAAAUAUAUCAUAUCUUUAGGGGAUCUGUGGUCUAUGAUUUAUUAGGAAAUAAAAUAUAUCAAAAAGAAAAGUAUAAUUUGAAAAGUUCAUUUAUUUAGUUAGUAAGAAAUAGUCUAUAAAGGGCAAUAGAAAAAUUCCAGAAAAGCCGGUAGAUGGGAUAUAUAUUGUAGAAAUUAAUAACAGAAAUUAAUGUAAAUUAUCAUAUAUAUAGAGCAAAAUGAUAAAUCUAUUAGUGGUGGAGGAUUAUAUGAUGAAAGAGGGAAUGGUAUUAAGCGUGGGUUAUGGAUUGAUUUGCAUUAUCCAGUGUUCUGUGAUAAAUAAGUUUUUAUAAUUGGUGAAUAUAAAAAUGGUCAAAAAACUGGUAAAUGGCGUGUUUCUUAUAAUAAUCAAUAGCCUUAAAUUGAAAUGUAAAUAUAAUAUAUAAAGUCAACUCUAAUAUUGUAUUAGCGGUUAUGGAUAUUAUGCAGAGAAUGGUAAUAAAAUUGGAUAGUGGAAUGAUUUGGACUAAGGAUUUAAUUAAGAUAAAUAAAUAACUUAUAAAGGCGAAUACAGAAAUGGUCAUAAAAUUGGUAGAUGGGAUAUUUAUUAUCGAGAUACUUUGAAAGAUGCAUUUAUAGAGAUGUAAAUUAGGUUGUAUAAAGCGCCCAAUUAAAAUUUUUAAGUGGUGGUGGAUUAUAUGAUGAAGGAGACAGCAUAAAAAUAGGAAAGUGGAUUGAUUUGGAUGAGGGAUUUAAUUACUAUAAACAAGUAACUUAUAAAGGCUUUUAUAUUAAUGGUCAAAAAGUUGGUAGAUGGGAUAUUGAAUUUAAAAGAGAUGACAGUCAGCAAUCUUCAUUAAUGUAAAAUUAUAUAAAAAUUCUUUACAUAAUUCGUGUUAGUGGUGGUGGAUUAUACGAUUUAGAGGGUAGUGGCGAAAAAAUUGGGUCGUGGAUUGAAUUGGAUGAUCAAUUUGAUAAUUAAAAAUAGGAAACCUAUAUUGGUGUUUAUAAUAAUGGUUAAAAAGUUGGUUUUUGGGAUCUAUUAGUUUAUUAUUAAGAUAAUUAUUAUUGGCAGUAAAAUAUAAUCUAUAUCAUUAAGAGAUUCUAAUUUAUAUGAUAUAUUUGAAAAUUGUAAAGUUCAACAAAUUAUAGUGUAAGAUAUGAAUUUAAAUUUUUUUAGUUUUCCUAAAAUUGUUUACAAGGGAAAAUUUAAAAAUUGUAAAAAAUUUGGUAGAUGGGAUAUUGAGUAUAGAAAAGACAACCGCAAACCAAUUGAAUAAAUGUAAAGAUUAUAUAAAAAGUGUUUACUUCUACAUUCGUAUUAGUGGUGGUGGAUCAUAUGAUGAAGAGGGUAAUGGUGUUAAGAUUGGAUAAUGGAUUGAAGUGGAUGAGAAUUUUAAUAAUAACUAAACGAUCUAUGAUGGUUACUAUAAUAAUGGUUAAAAAGUUGGUGUAUGGGUCAAAAAGCAAAG